AUGAGUUUGUCAAAAUUAUCAAGGGCGUCUUUACAAUUAAUUAAAGGGUCAUCAGUUUUAGAAAAUAAUGGACGAAAUAAAAUUGGGAAAUUUCAAUUUACAAGAUGUAUGAAUACAAAAUGUGUUCUUAAUAAAAAUAUAUGGAAUGGAAAAAAGAAGAAUGAAUAUAACUUGGAAUAUAAACGAUUGUUUAGUACUUCUGAAAAUUAUGAAUUUAAAGCAGAGACAAAAAAAUUAUUACAAAUAGUUGCUCAUUCUUUAUAUACAGAUAAAGAAGUUUUUAUAAGAGAACUUAUAAGUAAUUCCUCAGAUGCUAUAGAAAAACUUCGAUUUAUGCAAACUGCAUCUAUAAAAGAUGUAGAUCCUAAUAAUAAAGCAGAAGGAAAUAUCAUAGAAAAUACAGAACAACCAUUUUAUAUUAAAGUUUCUACAAAUGAUAAAGAUAAGUUAUUUAUAAUUGAAGAUAAUGGAAUAGGUAUGAAUAAAACAGAAGUCAUAGAAAAUUUAGGAACAAUUGCAAAAAGUGGAUCCCAAAAUUUUAUCAAUGCUUUAAAAGAAAAAGGAGAGUUAAAUAAAAAUUCACAAACAACUGAUAUUAUUGGUCAAUUUGGUGUUGGGUUUUAUUCUACAUUUGUUGUCUCAGAUUUUGUAGAAGUAUUUACUAAAUCCCAUGAAAAGGGCUCAAUAGGAUACCAUUGGAAAUCGGACGGAAAUGGAAAAUUCACAUUAACUGAAGAUAAUAGUAUAGAAAGAGGAACGAAAAUAAUUUGUCAUCUUAAAGAAGCUUGUUCUGAAUUUUCGAAUAUAAAUAAGGUUCAAACUAUUGUAGAAAAGUUUUCUUCAUUUAUCAAUUUUCCUGUAUACAUCUUGAAUAAGAAGCAGACCCCCAUAGAGCCCAAGUCAGUUAGUGAAUCUGAUAAGGUUGGCGAAUCUGAUAAGGUUGGCGAAUCUGAUAAGGUUAGCGAAAUUGAGCAGGUUCAGGAAAUUCUAAUAAAUAGCCAAAAACCGCUUUGGUGCAAAGAUGAAGUAUCAGAAGAAGAGCACAAAAAGUUUUUUAAUUUUUUAAACAAAAAUAAAAGUUAUAGUGAUGAUAAUAAAAGCUAUUUAUAUAAACUUAUGUACAAAACAGAUGCACCAAUGUCCAUAAAGAGUGUGUUUUAUAUUCCUGAAGAAGCACCAUCACGACUUUUUCAACAAAAUUAUGAUAUAGAUGUAUCGUUAUAUUGUAAAAAAGUUUUAGUAAAAAAAUGUGCUGAUAAUAUUAUUCCUAAAUGGCUACAUUUUGUAAAAGGUAUAAUCGAUUGUGAAGAUAUGCCAUUAAAUAUAAGUCGUGAAUCAAUGCAAAAUAGCACAUUAAUGAGUAAACUAUCUCGUAUUAUUGUUACAAAAAUUUUAAAAACCUUAGAAAAAGAAGCUAGUAUUGACGAAGAUAAAUAUUUAAAAUUCUACAAAAAUUUUAGUUAUAAUUUAAAAGAAGGAAUAUUAGAAGAUUCUACAAAAAACAUGUAUAAAAAUGUUAUGAUGAAUUUAUUGAGAUUUUAUUCAGUUAAUCUAAAAAAAUAUAUUUCGAUUAAUGAAUAUAUAAAAAAUUUUAAAAAUACACAAAAAAAUAUUUAUUAUUUUUCUGCAAAUGAUAUAAAUAUAGCUUUAUCAUCCCCAUAUAUGGAAUCUUUUAAAAAUAAACAAGUAGAUGUAUUGUUAUUAUUUGAAGAAAUUGAUGAAUUCGUUCUUAUGAAUUUACAAUCUUAUAAAGAUUCAAAAUUCAUUUCCAUUGAUUCUUCUCAAAAAGAAGAUCUUGACGAAAUUAUUUUAAAUAAUGAAAAUACGGAUAUGAAUACUGCUAAUACUAAUAAUAAUAAUAAUUCUGAUUCAAAUAAUAAUAAAAUACCAUUUACACAAGAUCAGAAACUUGAAUUAGAAAAAUAUAUUAAACAAGUAUUAGGGCCAAAAUGUUCAGAUGUUAAAUUUUCUGAACGUUUGUCUUUAUCCCCUGCAGUUGUUACUGGUUUUCUAUCCCCAACAUUACGUCGAGUUAUGAAAGCUACUAUGAAAAAUUCAGAUAUGAAUGAAAAUAUGUUACAAAAUUUACCUGUAACAUUAGAAAUUAACCCCACGCAUACUAUUAUUACUUCUAUAUAUCAUUUAAAAAAUGCAAAUGAAGAAGUUGCAAAAUUAUUAAUUGAGCAAUUGUAUGAUAAUGCAUGUAUAGCUGCUGGAAUUUUAGAAGACCCUCGCUCUCUUUUAACAAAAUUAAAUGAAUUACUUUUGUUGACUGCUAGGUAUGCAUAUCAUUAUGAAAAAAAAAAUGAUGCAUGUUCAGAAUCUGUAGAUAAAACAGAUGGAAAUAAUAUUAAUGAUAGUGUAAAUGCCAACGUUGAAAAAGUCGAAGAACAUGAUGAUAGAUUCUAA